AUGUCCAAGCAAGACAGCCUUCUCACUAGAAAGGCUUUGGCAUCAUCGGUGUCAGGGACUACGCUUUUGGUCAUGAUCCAGUUGGUUUCGCGGCUGUUCACCUUUGUUGCCAAUCAACUGGUCCUGAGGAACCUAUCACCAGCGACUCUGGGAGCAGCAACUCAACUCGAGUUGUUCAUGGUUACGAUCUUAUACUUCUCUCGUGAGGCCAUCAGAUUAGCCAUUCUGAGACAGCCUCUUGAUUCGCCAUCAUCCCCCGAUAUCAGCAAACAAGAGAAGCCGCGCAUAGCUUGCGACAAGGAAAUGGAAGCUCAAUCCAUGGCGACUCAAUCAAUAGUGAACAUGUCCUACCUCAGCCUUGCAGUUGGAAUUGCGCUUUCUAUCUUGCUCGGUACUUUCUACAUACAGUUUGCUGCUGAGCAGGUUGCUCAAACAUCUUUCUAUCGCUGCAGUGUGGCAAUCGUCUGUCUCGCGUCGACCUUGGAGCUAUGCACUGAACCUUUCUUUGCUGUAGUCCACAGAUAUAUGCUGUACAAGACUAGGGCAACCGUUGAAAUGGCCGCAGCAUUCGUAAGAAGUCUAACAACGUGUGGUCUACUUCUCUGGGCAUCUUGGAAUGGAAGCAAUGUCGGUAUACUUCCAUUUGCACUUGGUCAUCUCUUUUAUGCCUUGGUGCUUCUCUGCGGCUACUCUGCAGCUCUGUCAAACUCAGCGAGUAGAUGGCAUUUUUCGUUUCUGCCCAGCCGCAUAAGAUCAAGGUAUGUGGAGGUCAUUACUAUCAAAUAG